AUGAAGAGGCUUUUUUCAUUUAAAUCUCUGGGGUCAAGGGAUGCAAGUGGCACUUCUCUACAAACACCUCCUUCAUGUUCUGACAAGAAGUUGGGAUGCAGUGAGAAGGCCUGUGAUUGUUCUCUGACUGUAAAAGACAUUGCGAAAGAUCCCAGUCGAUAUCCAGAAAAUGAAGACUCACCUCGAGUACUUGUUCGAAGAAGCCAUUCGUUUUCUUUCGGUGCCAUGAACGACGACUUCAGAGAGGGGAACCUUGUUUCUUUGAGUGAUCUGUGCAGACCAGUCGCCAGUUGUGGCAACUCACCACAUCAAGCAUCUAGUUGCCAAGUGCACUGCCAUCGACCUUUGCGUUCCCAUGCUGUUCAUAAACAGGGUUCUCCUGGGUCUUCAAAGAAUCCUGAAGUUUCAUCGGAAAAUUCUUCUUGCUGCUCUCCGAUUUUGUCAAGAUGCAAUGUGUCUCAACAAUCGCGAUUCCAAGAAAGGAAUGAAUUUCUUGACCAGCACUCUGAUGGAGGUAAUCAGGAAGUUAAAGCGGGGAGACAAACUGAAAAAUGCUUGUCUGAAUCUGGAAUCCAUUUCUCCGAAGAUAAUAGAGCAUAUCAAAGUGCAGUAAGGUUGCACGAUGUCCAAUCUACAGCACUCUCUUCAAUUAUGUACAAUAAAGAGGAUGUAAGAACUUACUCAUUGAGGGAGGUGAAUGAUUCCUUUCAUGACUCUUCCAAACAAAAUUGCAUGAGAGGUGAUUCUGGUCUUGCAUCCUCGUGGAGACACACAAAAGAGGGUAACAAGAAAUCGUCGCAUGCAUUUUCUGGAAAAUUAUCCAUGAAUUUCCCAGACUACGACUCCGACAGCAGUGCAACAGUUGAGGAUAUUUACAUGGAUUCUUUUGCUCAGGACCUGGAAAAAUAUGACUGCUUUGUCAAAAAAAGAAUCAUGGACAAUAGCUCUGAUCAACAAGAUACAGAUGAAGAAUUACUUGAGAAAUUGAACGACAUUGAAAAGAUGAUUGAGCUCCUUAGUGAGGAAUAUUUUGACCUCGAAGAACUCAACAAAAGUGAGUCACAUGUGUCUUCGCUCUUCCAAACUAUUAGGGAUAUCCAAGAAGACAGGAAGUAUUUGGCAUUGGACCUCUCAGCACAACUAAAGUGCAGACUUGCAGAAAGAUAUGCUGCAAAAAGGCAUUUAAGGCAAGCCAAAUUAGAGCUGAAAACACUAAGUCGGAGGUUGGAGAGGGAGAAGAUUCAACUUCAAUUUAAUUUAAGGAAAGAACUGGAGAGAAGUUCAAGUGACUGGUCGAUGAAGUUUGAGAUGAUUCAGUUAGAAAAACAGAGGCUACAGGAACAAGUGGUUCAUCUAGCAGAGCAAAAUGCUUCUUAUCAGAGGGAAAUAUCUUCUCUCAAAGGCACUGAUGGUGAUAAUAAAAGUAGGAAAUUGAAUUUAGAAAUGGAAGUAACUAAUUUAACUGCCAACGUGGAGAAACUUGGAGCCGAGAAUAAAAAUCUUGAGAAAGCUUUGCUAGAGAUUAAGGACUGUUUAGAUGCAACCGAAAAGGAACGGGAUUGUAUCGAAAGAUGCUUCAAUGAGAAAGACAGAGAGUACAAAGAGUUGCAAAGACUGGUUGUGCGCUUUGAAAGAACAUGCAAUGAGCAAGAAAGGACUAUUGAUGGCUUGAGGCAAGGUUAUAGUGAUGCUUUUGAGAAUAAUUUGACAGAAAGAAAUGAUCAGUUAAAUCGGUUACAGAUGGAGCAGAUAAGGUUGACAGGUAUUGAACAAAAUUUAAGAAAAGAGUUAAAGACUUGCCGGUAUGAACUGGAGACACUCAGGCAAGAGAACAUUGCCUUAUUGAAUCGUCUACAGGCUGUUGGAAAUGGAGGCCAAUUCUCAUCAAUUAAGCUGGAUCAGGAGCUUCAUGCUCGAGUAGAUUGCUUGCAAACAGACAGUUUGUCCUUAGUGAAUGAUUUUAAUCACUUCAAUGACAACCUAUUAGAACUCCUUAGGGGCAAACAAUUUGAACAUGGUUAUCCUUUUGUCGAAUAUAGAAUUAGAAGCCAGAGUUUACGUGCAAGACAUGAAUAUUUAAGAACAAGCCUACAAACUAUCGUGGGAGUUCUGGAUGAGAAGUCAGAUUUAUAUGCAAUGGUAUGCCAGUCACAAAGCUCAGAAGGUGACAUGCCCAAGCAGCCAAAGGAUGAAUUAGAAAUCAGAUUGAAGUCAGAGGUCAUUUUGACUAGAUUACUAAGGGAGAGGCUGCACUCAAAUGCACUGGAAAUCGAGCGACUGGAAGCAGAUUUGGCUUCUUCAAUAAGGCUUCAUGAUGUCCUCCAGACAGAGAUUCAGAGGAUGCAGGAUGAAGUCUCCUGUCUCUCCCACAAGACAACUAAUAUGGAGCUCAAGUUGAUGCAGAAAGAUGAACGGAUCAAACAGCUUGAGAAUGACCAUCAAGAGUGCACAAAAGAACUAACCGCUGCCCGGAAUAUGUUAUUGAAGGUAACCGAGGAGAGAAACCAUAUGUGGGAGGAAGUAAAGAGUUCAAAAGAGAGCAUUAUGCAUCUUAAUUAUGAAGUUUGUUCUCUACAAAAGAAGAUUGAGGAACUUGACGAAAACAUUCUUACAAAGGAGGGCCAAAUCUCUAUCUUGAGAGAUAGCCUUUCAAAGCCAUUUGACAUCACCUGUAGUCCUAGAACAGUGAAAGAAUUUUCACUGGAAUGAGCAGAAUUCUAGGUUUUUCUACAAGAAGGCCCAGAUCGUUGCUGACGAGGAAGGAAGGCCAGUUGGCAUGGAGGUAGGAUUUGCUGGAGAUCCAGGUGCUGACCUCCCACCAGAGGCAACUAUCAAUUCAGGGCGUACCCGAUUUGCUGCUCCUAGAUGUGGGGGAAGAAGAUCGCCUAUCAAGGUCGAAAGGAACCAAGAUCGGUGGCAUGCGUACCGGAAGAGGCCGAAAAGAUGUGGGAUAAGCCGCCGAUGAUAGAUUUUUGAGAGUCUGCGGUUACAAAGGAGGAGGAGGACGACGAGGGAGUGACCACAGCGGCGCGAGGGUUGAGAUUGAGAUCCAAGUCGGCGGAGGCAGCGAUCUAGCAGAAGUGGGGGGCGGUGGAGCAGACUGAUCAUCGCGAACGGUGAAGGAAGUCGAUUCUGGGUGGCGGGGACGAUCAAUGCGGGCGAUGGAGCUUUGUUGCUUCGACGGCUGCAGAAGAUAACAGAUCCGAGGAGCUCCGUUGCUUCGACGACUGCAGAAGGUGGCAGAUCUGAGGAGCUCUGUUGCUUCGACGACUGCUCAGCGCUUCUAUCUGCGAAUGCGAUG